CGCGGAAUGAAAAGCCGUUGACGCCGCGGCCGCUUGCAAUUGGGGUCGGAUGAACCACGACGUCAAGGGUCCUUGUACUUAACCUCCCCCUCCUUCCCCAUCAAACACACACACACACACAAACACCAACAUGUCCUCAUCCCUCUUCGACCUCACCAACAAAACCGCAAUCAUCACCGGGGGCGCCCGCGGCCUCGGCUUCGCAAUGUCCAAAGCCCUCGCCGCCCACGGCGCAAAAAUCGCUCUCUUCGACAUCCUCUCCCCCGUCUCAGACCUCUCCGCUCUCCGUGCCGAAGGCGUCGACGUCGAUUACUGGAAAGUCGACGUCACCUCGAAAGAGGACUUGGAGAAAGCCGUCGAUGAGGUAAAGGCAAAGUGGGGAACUGUCGAUAUCGUUGUCUGCGCCGCCGGCGUCGCACGCGACUCCCCAUUCCUGGAAACGAGCAUCGAAACCUUCGAAUUCCAGCACAAAAUAAACACGCUCGGAUCCUACCUCACCGCACAAGUCGCCGCAUCCAGAAUGGACUCCACGCGCGGUGGCUCAAUCAUCUUCAUCGCAACCCUGACCUCGCACCAAGCUGCCCCAGCUCAACGUAUUUCAGCCUACGCCGCAUCCAAAGGCGCGAUCCGCUCGCUCGUGCCGCAUUUGGCUAUGGAACUUGCGCCGCUGAACAUUAGAGUUAAUUCCAUUUCGCCGGGGUAUAUGAUGACGGAUAUGGUCAAGGGGUUGGAGAAGAAGAGUGUUGGAGGACCGGUUGUGUUUUUGGCUAGUGGGGCUGGGGGGUAUGUUACUGGACAGGAUAUUUUGGUUGAUGGGGGAGUUAGUAAGUGGUGAUCACUCUUGUCUAUAUUCCUAUCCAUCGUCGUCGUCACCUUCCUUCCCUGAACUCACACCCGG